AGCUCUAAGCAAGCCAGCACAGCUCAAAGGAGCAAGCUAGAAGCGAUCGUACUACUACUUGAGCUCACUAGCACUAGCACUAGAAGUCUACAACUACUAGGCUUGAUCGAUGGAGCAGGUGACGAAGCUAGCGGGGCAGCGGGCGGUGGUGAUCUUCGGCAUGAGCUCCUGCUGCAUGUGCCACACGGUGACGAGCCUCCUCCGGGAUCUCGGGGCCAACCCGAUGGUGGUGGAACUGGACGAGGACCCUAGGGGGAAGGAGAUGGAGAAGGCGCUGGUGCGGCUCCUUGGCCGGAACCCUGCUGUGCCGGUGGUGUUCAUCGGCGGCAGGCUCGCCGGAUGCACCGACAAGGUCAUGUCCCUUCACCUCGGCGGCAAGCUUGUCCCGCUGCUUCGUAAUGCAGGUGCUGUCUGGGUGUAGUGCAUGUGCAUGGGAGGGCUUUGUAGAUAUUAUGGGUGUAAUGCAUGCAGGCGCUGCUUCAUAUGGUACGUGUUCUCUGUUACCUUGUAUCAGGUGAUGACGAAGACUAAGGCAAACCAUGCAAGUCGACGUGUCCGGUCAAGGUGUUACCCAAUGUCCCAGUGUAAUAAUUAGUUUACUGUCCUACAGACAACAAAGACAUGUAAAAUAUUCCCUAUGUAAACUAAUAUAAGAUCUUUUAGAUCACUAAAUAGUCAACAGAGGGAGCAUCAUGCAAAGUUU